CUUGAUGAGAGAGAGAGACUAACAUAUUGAAAUACCAGUAUGCAAUAUUAAAAAAAAACAAUAAUAAUUGCUCUAGUAUUACAACGACUGAUUAUAAUUGUUCUUCAGUGAAUAGUGUUCGAGAUUAUGAAAUUUUACAUAACAUACUUACUAAACAACAAUAACUGAUGACUGAAGUACUAUAAGUUUUUGUUUUUAUAUAUGUAAAUUUUCUAAACAUAUUCAAAUUUUAUUUAGUUUAUUUAGAACGAUAUUUAUCUACAAUUCAUUUGCAAUAAUAUAUAACACAUGUCGUACCUAUAAUUAUAUCAAAGCAGUUAUUGACUGCAUAGUAAGCAAAAAAUAACCAUCAAUAUACAGUAUAACAAAUUGUGCUGACAAAUAGUCUAAUCGUGACUAUUCAUACUGGUAAACAUGGAGUUCUACAUUAUAAAUCCAAUGUAUACGUCUCUUUAUUUGUUGAUUGUUUUCGUGACAUUAUCAUCUUCAAUGUCAAUACUUACUCCUCAUGGAAAAACAUACUCAGAUUCAGAUAAUGAAUUAGUUUUUGGAGGACAAAAAGUUUUAAAAAUAAAUCCAAAAACUAUUUCAGGAUUGAAAAGCUACAGGGAAUUGGCUGAUAAUGAAAAAAUAAAACUACAUGAGCAGGAAUUAUUAGACAUACAGCGGGAAAAGGAUAGGAAACAGUGUGUGGAAGAAAGAGAAAAGGAAGAAAAAUUACGUGAUGAAGAAAACAACAGGCGAUGGAAACAACACCAAAUCGAACUGCAAAAUCGUCGUAACGAAAGAGAGAUGUACCUAAAACAACAAGAUGAAGAGAGAAGACUAAGAGAAGAAGAAAGGUCACAACGUGGUUUACUGAUAAAUGCAACGCCAUAUUAUGGCAGCGAUAAUAGUUAUUUGGGGCGAAGACAACUCGUGGAAGACUAUCCGAUGCUUAAGAAGCUACGAAAAAAACAACGACAACAACAAAAACGCGAAGCUGAAAAAAGAAACAUACACUUAUCAUUGCCAAACACGAGAGAACAAGAACACAGCGACGAAGACGGAGUGGAAGAGCGCCCGAUGCGUAAGGCGAAAAGAGCAAAACCACAACAGCGCGAUGUUAAAAAAAGAAAAAUACAAGAACCGUUACUAAAACCGAGUGAACAAAAGCACUGUGAAGAAGACGGAGCGGAAGAGUGUCCAAUGCUUAAGACGCAAAGCAAAAAGAACAAAUUGAAUAGCGAUUCCGAAGAAGAGGAAUCCGAAACAAAAACAGCAAAACGUGAAAUGGAUAGGAGCCAGCGGAGACGCGAUCUUGAACGCAGAGAAGGAAUACAAAUACAACACAAAAUAGAAAUAGUGAAAUCUUAUCCUGUGCGAAGAUUAAAUAGCGGCGCGAACGUCAAAAAACCACAAUGUAAACGAUGUUUUGAAGUUUCGUCAGAAAAUGAGGAUGCGGAUAAACCGAAAAAACCGAUUAAGAGCGUAAAUAGUAAUACGAAGAAUACAUCUCGCAACCGUAAAACGAGAAACGUAAAAAAUUAGACGCAACAAAAUAAAUGAAAUCAUUAAUAGGUAAUGAAGUUGACAUUAUUUGUACACAAAAUUUUAACCGCAUAUAUGGUAUAAACGUUGAACGACAUUAUAUUCAAAAUAAUAUAUCAUGUUUUACUAUGUAA